UGAUACAAGCUGAUUUCAUAAACAGAACAGGAUAUGCAUAGGAGAAGGCAGCUAGCUCAUGAAAAGUAAACAACCCAAAUAUACCCUAAUGGUCCAAACAAGUUUGGUUUAGUGCGGUCCAUCAACACACCAAACUAGUGCCGCCUCCACUAACACGCGUUAAUAAAAGCUCUGUGUUCUCCACCAACACACACUAACAACGUUUAAGGAAAAGCUCAGUGUCCAUCGACACACCACACUACUAGAACGAAGGAAUUGAAGGAAGGAAGGAAGGAAGCAAAUUGCAAACACAGAAAGAUUAAUGGAGUACUACAAAACCACCAUUAAACUUGUGAUGAGUUUCUGCUUCUUGUUGCUGAUGAGCAGCAGGGCGACUUCAUUGAGGAGUCAUCAUGAGGCAUACACCUGCAAUGGUUCCAUAGCAGAAUGCAACGAAGAAGACGAGCUGCUGAUGGAGUCCGACAUAAGCAGAAGGAUUUUGGAGGGGAAGAAGUAUAUUUCUGAAGGCGCUCUGCAGAGGGACAAGCCUGUCUGCAAUGGAGGUGCAAGUGGCGAAGCUUAUAGCAAAUCUGGUGGGUGUCUCCCUCCUCCCUCUAAUCGUCCCGAUAGAGGCUGUUCUAAGUAUUAUCGCUGUAGGUCUUAAUAAUUAGGGUCGUGAAAAGUUUUCAAUCCUUUCCACAAAUCAAUAGUUAGAGAGAGAGGCAACUUCUGAUUUUCUCAGUCUUUUGAAUAAUCCUCUCCCAGCUUUGAGAGAUGUUCGUUAAUUAAUGUGAUUGCGUGGGUGAAAACGUGCUCAACUGGGAGAUCUCGGUCUUUCCCAUGAUUACGAACAUGAUUUGGAGAAGAAUCCAGUCGUUGAAUAGUUUAUACCUUUCUUUUUUCCUUGUGAAAAUAAUAGGGGAGCAAUUCUAGUCCUUGUCUUUUGUUUUCAUUAUUUCAAAGAAAAUUUUGAUGUUA